UAGAAACAUGAGCAAGGCAACAGUUACCUGAAGUAAGCUCGUGGAAACUUUACGAUGUCAGAGUAUCUUGAGUAAAAACCAUAGCCUGUAUAGAAGAAAAACCAGUUCACAAAGUAGUGUAAAGUUUCAGAUGAAAGAUGGAAGCGAACAGAAGAUAACCCUCCAGCUUUCACAGUGUGGUCUCUGCUCGUUUCACACUGACGUUAGUAAGUUGUCGGGAUGGCAUCAGAGGAUGAAAUCAAUCUGCUGGUGGUCGUCGUGGAUGUGAACCCGAUAUGGUGGGGACAGCAAGCUCAACGUGAGCCAGAGUUCACCCUGUCUAAGUGUCUGGAUGCAGUCAUGGUAAUGGGUAACUCCCACAUGGCCAUGACCAGGACGAACAAACUGGCUGUCAUCGCUAGCCACUGUCAAGACAGUCAGUUUCUGUAUCCCAGUAAGAGCUGGAGAGGCGGGGAUGGUGGGGAGGAUGCAUCCUCCAGUGGGGAUGGAAAGUAUGAACUUCUGUCAGUUGCCAACAACCUCAUUGCAGAGGAGAUCAGGAACAUUAUGUCAAAAACUGAAGUGAGGGGAAAUUCGACGGACACUUUGUUGGCUGGAUCCCUCGCCAAAGCUCUCUGCUAUAUUCACAGGGUCUCAAAGGACAUGGAAGUUGGACGGGAGAUAAAAUCAAGAAUACUGGUGAUAAAAGCAGCAGAGGAUUGUGCCCUCCAAUACAUGAACUUCAUGAAUGUGAUUUUUGCGGCCCAGAAGCAGAACAUCCUGAUAGAUGCCUGUGUGCUGGAUUCAGACUCGGGUCUCCUGCAGCAGGCUUGCGAUAUAACAGGAGGAUUGUACCUGAAGAUACCGAAGAAGAUCGCCCUGGCACAAUAUCUUUUGUGGGUGUUCCUGCCUGAUUCUGAGCAGCGUUCACAGCUGUUGCUGCCACCGCCUGUGCACGUGGACUACAGAGCGGCGUGCUUCUGCCAUCGUAACCUCAUCGAAAUCGGUUAUGUCUGCUCAGUUUGUUUGUCAAUAUUCUGCAACUUCAGCCCCAUCUGUACGACUUGCGAGACUGCCUUCAAAAUCCAACUACCACAGAUGGUCAAGGCCAAAAAGAAGAAACUCAAGACAUCUACAUGAUUUCUGUAGACAUUAUACCAAUGUAGUUCUUCUCCUCUCUUGUGUUACAGAUUAUACCAUUUUUGUUUGGCAGAGAUUUGUAACAAAUUUACAUCCUUUGAGGUAAUUAGACCAAAUGCUGAUCAUUCUGAACUGAU